UAUGGACACAGCCAGUAAGGGAUGUGUAUAUGAUUGUACAUAUGAGUAAUGGGUUUUGUUUUUCUUGCCUUCUCAGUGGGGAGGGGAGGGAAAGAAUGUAGAACUGAAAAUAAAAUAAAUUUGAAUUUUUUUAAGCGCUUUUGGCAGAGGAGACGGAGCUCGCUGCCUCGUCCAGUUUCCCCAUGGAGGUAUGACUGGCUUAUUUUUACUUUUCCUUAGCAGGGAUUUCCUGCGUCAGUCUCGUCAUCUUCCUUCCAAGAUAACAAUGAUGGUUGUGACAGCACCGGCUACUACCUCCACUGAGGAACGGCAGAAUAUAACCCCGCUAGGAAUAGCCGUCCUCAUUGUGUUCCUCAGCCUGUGUGGCCUGGCAGGGAAUGGGACCAUCAGCUGGCUUCUUGGGUUCAGCAUGAGGAAGAACCCCUAUUCUGUCUACAUUUUCAACUUGGCCAUCUCUGACUUCCUCUUCCUCCUCUGCAUGGCCCUUUCAAGUAUUCUUAACAGGCCCGAGUCUGGCCACUGGCCCAGGAGUGUUUUUGAGAUGCUGAGAAGAAUCAGGUUCUUCUUUUACACCCUGGGGUUGAGCCUGCUGGCCGCCAUCAGCAUUCAGCGCUGCAUCUCCGUCCUCUUCCCCAUCUGGUAUCGAUGUCACCGCCCCAAGCACCUGUCCAGCCUGGUGUGUGCCGGGCUGUGGCUCCUGGCCAUCCUGGAGAAUCUGGUGGCUAUUUAUUUCUGUGCUGUGCAAAACCAAAAUCCAAAUUCCUGUAAAAAAGUCGACGUGUUUUUUGCGGUCCUGAUUUUUGGGGUCUUCACCCCAGGGAUGUGCCUAUCCGGCCUGACCCUGUUCGUCCAAGUCCGGAGGGUCUCCAGGAGACGCCAGCCAGCAAGGCUCUACAUCACCCUCCUGGCCACCAUCUUGGUGUUUCUCAUCUGCGCCUUGCCCCUGGCACUCUACUGGUUUGUCCUUGGCUGGUUCAUGCAGGAUGACAGGCUGUGUGGGCUUAUCUACGACGUGGCAAAAAUAUUCUCCUGUGUGAACAGCACAGCCAACCCCGUCAUUUACUACUUGGUGGGGAGGCAGAGGAAGAGAAGCCUCCGGGAGCCCCUCAGGGUCGUGCUAGAGAGGGCGCUCGGGAACGAAGAGAUGUCCCCUGAAGAAACCGCCGAGCUGGGAUCGGAGAGUCGGGGGGCUCAGGGGGCGAGCGAGGAUGCCCUUGAGGACAUCCCAAGAAUAACGGCCAAAUAUAGACACUCCCAAUCUGUCUGA